AUGCACGACUGCGGUCCGUCCACCUCGGCCUCUUCGGCCAGCUACACCUCUUCGAGUCUCCGGAAAAUUGACCAAUUCCCGAAGGAACUUUUAGUCCAGAUUGAUUCAAAUUUGUCCUACGAGGAUUCAAGGACGUUUAAGGAAUCCGCCCCUGAAAUCGCGAAAGCCUUACGCGACAAUUUUCUAUCGUACGACCAGUUACAGCUUUCGGAUGACCCGUUCGACUGUUUGUUAAAAGCCACGAAUGGCAAGAAGCCGAACCGAAGGAUACGCGACUCGUCGAUAAGCCACCUCUUUGCCCAUGCAAAUUCGAUCACGGAGGUUUUUAUCAAUUUGAAAGACGUGUAUCUGGAUAAACGGGACGGCCAGUCAGAUCACUCUGUCUACGCGAUGGGUGGUUUAUUAAAUUCCUUUAUCGGCCCCUGCCUCCACAAUAUGCGAAAUAUCCAGAAUCUGCAUGUGAACGUGGACAUGAUGUUGGAGCGGUUUCGGGAUGUUUGGUACCCCUACCCAGCUGGCGACCUCUAUUUUGCCCUCAAUCUACUCGCCGACGCUCCGUUCGAAUCGUUGAUACAGCUCUCCCUUUGCUGCGUAGAGUACAACGAUCAGGACCGGCAGGCGCGAGAUUUUCUCAUCUCCGGCAUGGCGCACGCGUUGAAGGAGGUCACCUCGAACGGGAUGGCACAUGGCGAAUUUACUGUUGAACCGUCGGCUGGCUUCGUCGACAUCACGGCACAACGGGGCAAGAUGGAGUACUCGUUCGCCUUCUUCUACUACAACCCGUCGAUCUGCGACCCGGCCAAGGAGUUCAGGAAUCGCGGAGGCGCACCGGGAGCUGCUGAUCAAGAUCUCCAGCUAGACGAGGAUGAGCACGACGUCGAGGAGGAGGAAACGGAACAGGAAUGGGGCCCGUACCCGGAAGAGGGGAAGACUGAGGCAGCUGUAGAUGAUCUCGCAUCCCCGCCUAAGAAAAGGAGACUAGUCGAA